AAAUACAACUUUACAUUCUUAGAUUAUUUUUCAUUAUUCAUUAUUGCCAGCGAAACUCCAGACUUGGUUUUGCUGUAGAGAAGGAAGAAGAGGAAGGAAGAAAACUCAAUCUUUUUCCAAACUUCUUAUCUAUCUAUCUUUUUCCAAUUUACCCUUUUUAUAAAAACCCUAACUUUCAAUUUCUCUUCUUCAAAUUUUUUUUAAUCAACUGAAAAUUCUUCAUCAAUCGAUUGAUUUCGCCACUGUUUUUACGAUCAUAUUUUGUAUAAUCGGCAAACAUGUCAUACGCUUACCUUUUCAAAUACAUCAUUAUUGGAGAUACCGGAGUGGGGAAAUCAUGUCUUCUUCUGCAGUUUACUGAUAAGAGGUUUCAACCUGUGCAUGACUUAACCAUUGGUGUUGAAUUCGGGGCCAGAAUGAUUACAAUUGAUAACAAGCCCAUCAAGUUACAAAUAUGGGACACGGCUGGUCAAGAAUCUUUUAGAUCUAUCACAAGAUCCUACUACAGAGGAGCUGCAGGCGCGCUUCUGGUUUAUGACAUUACCAGGAGGGAGACUUUUAAUCACCUGGCAAGUUGGCUGGAGGAUGCAAGGCAACAUGCCAAUGCAAACAUGACGAUCAUGCUUAUAGGUAACAAAUGUGAUCUUGCUCAUAGAAGGGCAGUAAGCACUGAAGAAGGCGAGCAGUUUGCCAAGGAACAUGGAUUGAUAUUCAUGGAGUGUUCUGCAAAAACUGCUCAAAAUGUUGAGGAGGCAUUUAUAAAAACUGCUGCAACAAUCUACAAGAAGAUUCAGGAUGGAGUUUUUGAUGUAUCAAAUGAGUCUUAUGGCAUUAAAGUUGGAUAUGGAGGUAUACAAGGAAACGCAGCUGGUAGAGACGCCACUACUUCUCAAAAUGGUGUCUGCUGCGGUUGAUUAUGCUGCUUCAUGAAUCCAAUCAAAAUUCUCGUCGGAAUCGCUGCUCUUUUUCAGUUGUUUGAUUGAUAGUGGGUUUUGUAUGUUAAAAUCAGUUUUUACCUCUGUGAAUUGUGCACAUAGUCCCGUUACAAAAAUAUCUGUCAAACUUAACUGUAUGUAAUUAGCUGGAGAUUACAUAUAUAUGUUCAUUUGUUAUUUCUUUAAAUUA